AUGAGUCAAGAGCUCGGGGUGCUGAGCAAUCAGGUCCCUCCAGUGGGGCCCCAUCGCGUUUCCGGAGGCCAGGCCAUAAAAGCGCUCGCUCCUCGUUGCUCCUCAGCCUCGCAGAUCCUCAGCGUCUCCUGCCGAGCUCCUCCUGAUCCAGGUCUCCAGCCAUGUGCUCCCGCCAGGACAAGGACCAGUGCCACCAGCAGGAACGGGCCUCGUGCCACAGCAGCGGGUCCGGUUGCCACGGCAGCGGUGGCGGAUCCGGUUGCCACAGGAGCAGCGGAUCUGGCUGCCACGGCAGCGGUGGCGGAUCUGGAUGCCAGAGGAGCAGCGGAUCUGGUUGCCACAGCAGCGGAUCCGGUUGCCACGGGAGCGGUGGCGGAUCUGGAUGCCGUGGGACCAGCGGAUCUGGCUGCCAUGGAAGCAGUGGCGGAUCUGGCUGCCGUGGGACCAGUGGAUCCAGUUGCCACAGCAGCGGAUCUGGCUGCCGUGGAAGCAGUGGCGGAUCCAGUUGCCAUGGGAGCAGCGGAUCCAGUUGCCACGGGACCAGCGGAGGAUCCUGCCAUGGAAAUCAGCAGGAGUGCCAGCAGCAAAUCUACCAAGUGUCCUCAAAUAAGUGAUGGCCCCAUCACCCCAGCAUGCGGGUGAUCCACAGGAUCCACAGGAUGAUCCACACGAAUGCCUCAGAUCCUGUGCCGUGUUUGGAAAGCUUUGCGUGUCUCCAGCAAUUCCCAAGGAAAUUUUUCUUUCCCCUUCCCUUGUGAACCCUGUAACCUGUCCUGAGCUUUUCCGUGGCUGCUGAAAUAAACUCUUUGCUCA